AUGAUACCAGUAUCCUUUAUUCUUGGAUUCUACGUCUCGCUGAUAUUUUCUCGGUUUUGGCACCAAUAUGUGGUGAUUCCUUGGAUCACAAAAUUGUCCAUGGGCCUGACCACCCAUCUGCCUGGAAGUGGUGAUCGGCAGCGCAUGAUAAGAAGGGCAUGCGUUCGCUAUCUUUUGGGAAGUAUGAUUCUGACGUUUACUCGCGUAAACUUGACAAUUAAGAAGCGCUUCCCAGAUUUUGAUGCUUUUAUAGCUGCAGGUCUGUUCACAGACGAAGAGGUCCGAUUGCUCGAAGGGAUGCAAAUACACUUUCAGCCGUUUGCACCGGUCAUGUGGGCUGUGUCGCUGCUCACAAUGGCAGAGAAAGAACAGCUUAUCACAAAUCAACACACACUGGUUCAGCUAAUUCAAGUUGUUACGCUGUCCGUGUAUUCCUACCUGGUAGCGUCUCUGAUCGGCAGGCAAUACAUAAUGAACAGUUCCCCUUUGAUCGACAAUACCACUUCGAAGGACUUCUACUUUCCUUUCUUCACACUGCUUGAGCUUGUGAUAUAUGUUGGAUGGCUGAAGGUUGCUGAGACUCUGCUUAAUCCGAUGGGAGAAGAUGACGAAGAUUUGGAUGUCGAUUCAAUAAUCAACUCCAACUGGCGAGAUGUAAACGCAGCCGGGUCUUCGGUUAGAAAACGUUCAGUAACCAUCAACAUGUUACGAAGGGCAUCUCAAAUCAAAGACCAUCCCCGCGAAUCAAUUACUGGGGUGGAGCAACAUCGUACGUCGACAAGCCUACAUCCUGAGGACACAACUUUGGAACAAGACAGUCGGUCUUUUGUACAAGCCAAAGGUUUUCCUGAAACAAUCACAGAAGAAGCUGAAGGAGAAAUACGCCUCCAGACACGAUCGGAUAUUGACAACGAGAAGAAAGACCCAAUACAGCCAACAACAGAGUAGUGGGUUAAAUCUGCAAGGAGCAGAAUAUGAGGGCUGGAGUCUAGCCUACCUAUUAAGUGGGCUUUGCGUGCAUAAAGAAGCUUUCAAUAUCGAUGGAGUAUUCGACUUUCUGCUGUUUGCAUUAUUAUUCAAGCUUGGGAAAGUCAACUUUGAAUUUCUACUUUUCUAUCUCCAGUUUCGUAAAA